ACCCACAUCAGACUUUUCAGGCCCCCAAACCAAAACCCCUCAACUACCCCGGAAGACUUGAACGACAAUCCAAACAUGGACCGACCCGGACCCGAGUCUGCUCCCCCGCAACCCCUACUUUCCGACCGGGUCCUCAUAAGCGGCGUCGUCACACCCGUGGCUCUAUUCUCCGACGGAGUGCUCCAGUGGUCGGAGAGAAGUCAACGGAGCUUGAUCGUCGAGAAGGAGGUCCUGGGGUUCGCGGCGGAAGGUCCGAAGAUUAGGAUAAGAGCUUUUGUGGAAGGCGGAGCUGGAAUCUGCUGUGGCGCGAACAGAGGAGCUGUGGCGAGGAAGGACUUGGUGUUCGAGCCUCUCUCUGAGGACUCGCACAGGCUCUGGUGCCAGAAGCUCGGGGAUUACAUCGAUUCUCUCGGACGGCCAAAGAGGCUUGUUUUUGUGAAUCCGUUUGGUGGUAGCAAAUCUGCUUCAAAGAUUUAUGUUGAUCACGUAAAACCUCUUUUCGAGGAUGCCGAUAUCCAAUUUACGCUGCAAGAAACUCAAUAUCAACUACAUGCGAAGGAAGUUGUGAAAACACUAGAUCUUUCAAAGUAUGAUGGCAUUGUUUGUGUUAGUGGGGACGGAAUCUUGGUUGAGGUAGUAAAUGGACUCCUAGAGAGAGAUGAUUGGGACGCUGCAAUAAAGAUUCCUCUUGGAGUAGUUCCUGCAGGUACUGGAAAUGGAAUGGCAAAAUCUCUUUUGGAUUCUGUUGGUGAACCUUGUACACCAUCUAAUGCUGUCCUCGCCAUUAUUCGAGGGCAUAAGCGUUCACUGGAUGUAGCUACCAUCUGCCAGGGGAAGAUGAAAUUCUUCAGUGUAUUGAUGCUUGCAUGGGGUUUAGUGGCAGAUGUUGACAUUGAGUCUGAGAAAUAUAGGUGGAUGGGAAGUGCUCGACUAGAUUUCUAUGCUGUUCAACGUAUUGUGCAUUUGAGGCAAUAUAAUGGAUCUAUCUCCUUUGUGCCUGCACCUGGCUUUGAAACUUACGGAGAGCCUACUAGUUACAGUAAUGCCAGUGAACCUACCAACCAACACAAUGCAGGUGCUCCAAAUCAAGAGGAGCCUAUUAGCAUUCGACAGCAUGGCUAUCCAGGGCCUGAUAUUAACUUGGCUAGCAUGGACUGGAGAACUAUUAGCGGACCUUUCGUUUCCAUCUGGCUUCACAAUGUGCCUUGGGGUGGUGAAGACACAAAGGCAGCUCCUGAUGCCAAGUUCUCGGAUGGUUAUAUAGACGUGAUAAUGAUGAGGGUCUGUCCAAAAUUAUCAUUGCUCUCGUUGAUGUCUGGGUUGAGCACAGGAAGCCAUAUCAAAUCACCAUAUGUCCUGUACUUCAAGGUGAAAGCAUUUAUUUUGCAACCUGGUCCUCUCACCGAGGACCCAACUAAGGAAGGGAUAAUCGACUCAGAUGGCGAGGUCCUGGCUAGAGGCAAAGGAGCAUACAAAUGUGACCAGAAGACAUUGAUGGUCUACGAUAAACUUCAAGUAACUGUGGAUCAAGGUUUAGCUACUCUGUUUUCCCCGGUAUAGGAUGAACUAUUUUUUAUCACAAAUUCGAUUUUGGUAACAGUGAGAAAUUCCGAGCAGAAAAAAUUUGUCAUCCAACCCAUACGUGUAAAAAUCCGCAAGGAGGAUACAAGGGAUUCAGAUCGAUGAGGCAUAUUCUCAGCAACUUGCUUGCCGAUAAGUUAUUUUGCAAUAGCCACUGAUUGUUGUCGAUGUAGCGUGCAGUUUAUCUUUCACUCUUUUUGCUUUGAUUUUUCAAUUUCUUUUGUUUCGAAACAGAUUUGUAGUACAGGAAUGUAUAGGCCGCUGUGGUCGAUACAGAGACGAUUUGUAUUCGACUAGUGUAAUACUUGUAUACAUUUGUUCAUCUUAAUAAAAAUCUGAAGCCCUUGUGUGAAAUGCA